AUGGUGACCAACUAUAGCCUCGUCAUCGACUUUGUGGCAUAUAGGCAUAGUGUAAAGCCCUUGGAUGGCAUAAUAAUCUUUCGAACAAAUAAAUUCUCUGGUGACGGCAUAGAACGUGAGCUGCAACAACGUUUGCAAUUACCGCAGGUUAUUGUGAAAAAUAUAGCAACACCAAAUCUACAAAACUUUAUGAAUGUCAGAAGCAUUGCUUUGGUCUUAAUGGAAAAACUCGACAAACCUCGUACGUGGGAGAUAAUCUCACAGAGUUUACAUAGGCAUCCCUUUAUACCGAUGGUUUUUGUCAGCCAAGCUGUGCCACCUACGCAUAAUGACAUAAUGAUGGUACGUACGGAUAAAGCUUAUCCGAAAUUACAGAUAAACGCUGUAGAUCCAAGGAAUUUUAGUGGAUUUGUCUGGCCAAAAUAUCAGAAUGUGUUUGGUUAUAACUUUCGUCUUAGUCUUUUCGAAGAUGCACCGAUAGCUUACAAAGAAGUGACGAACAAUCGCACUGUACUCCGCGGUCUGACUGGACAAUUGCUACCCAUCUUCAUGAAGCGUAUUAAUGGCACAUUCACUGUUUUCAGUUAUCCGAUGAAUGAGACGAUGAAACAAUCAAUCGAUAUGACCGCUAAUCUAGUCUUACGAACCGAUCUAAUCCAUCGUAGCAUGGAGGCCAGUUACCCGGUGUUCCUAACAAAGGUUUGUUUAAUGCUACCCGUUGAGUCUAACAUACCGUUAAGUUGGUAUCUCUUGUAUAACUUCGAUAUUUGCACAUGGAAAAUGUUGGGUUUUACCUUUUUUAUAUUCGUGCUAUUUGUCGUCGUGAUUUUUCGAAAUUGUAAUUGUACACGCGAUAUCGUGCUGGAUGUUUUAUUCGUGUUGAAAUUGUUUCUGGCACAACCAGUACUGCUGCCCGGUAUUAGAAGCAUGUCAAGAGGUCUAUUUCUAUUUUAUUUCAGUGGGCUUUUCGUAGUAAUCGUGAGUGUAUAUGAGGGUAGUUUGACUUCACUAUUCAGUACACGCAUUCGCAUGCCAGCCGUGCACACCCCCGACGAUUUUCUUAAAACCGAUUUGUUGAUAAUGGCAACAGAAAUCGAAAGAAAGCUUUAUUUCGACACCAAACUGUUGCCGGUGGAACUCGUGCCGCGUCUAUAUGAUAUGGGAAACGCCUUAGCAGCAAUUGAUCGUACGAAUUCAAAUAUUUCGUCUGCCUACAUUAUGACCACUGACAAGUGGUUGUGGUAUGAGAAGCGACAAAAACACUUACAACAUCCGGUAUUUCGUAUAACCAAUGAAAAAUUGUGUACGCCCAGUAUGCUUCAAUUUUUCGCGCUGCAAAACCAAUCGCCAUUCAAGGGUAUAUUAAAGAUACUCUUCCUAGAAUUGCAAGAAUUCGGUUUUAUCGAGCACUGGUUGGCACAGGUGCCGCCUGCGGGCAGACUUCAACUAAGCAACGAGACUGGCUUGUCUGAUCGACGGUAA